GCGGUAUCAGUCCGGUAGGAGGCGACAGUCUCCGCAUCCUGUCUCCCGUUAGCUCAUCAAGCUGCAACAGUCAAGCCUUGACAUUGCGAAGAUGGACGCUGUUAUGGUCUAGACCCACCGGGAUACAUAGAAAGCACAACACUGCGAGUUUCAGAGCUCUGUUAUGACAACAUUUCCAGCUCGUCUAGGUGGAGGCAGGAGGUGUGAGUAGAGUGCAGUAGACCAUCAGCAGCAUGUAUUCUGAGUGGCGCUCGCUGCAGUUGGUGGUGCAGAGUGACCAGGGCCACCUCAGUGUUCUGCACACCUAUCCCACCAGCGUGGGCACGGAGGUGGCAAAUGCUGUGGUCAAGCCUUUGGGCACGGCCGUGAGCCCUGUAGCCACAGAGAACAUCCUCAAGACAGACAAGGAGGUGAAGUGGACCAUGGAGGUGCUGUGUUAUGGCCUCACCCUCCCCCUAGAGGGGGACACUGUCAAGCUGUGUGUGGAUGUGUACACAGACUGGAUGAUGGCCCUGGUGUCGCCCAGGGACUCGAUGCCUCAGCCUGUGGUCAAGGAGCCCAAUAUGUACGUCCAGACCAUCCUCAAACAUCUGUACAACGUCUUUGUGCCAAGGCCUGAACAGCACAGUCUGAACCACAUCAGGCUUUGCCAGCAGGUUCUGACUGCAGUCCAGAAAUUGGCACGAGAGUCUGUUUCCAUGGUGAGGGAAACCUGGGAGGUGCUGUUGCUCUUCCUGCUUCGCAUCAACGACACAUUACUCGCCCCACCCACGGUUGGAGUUGGGGUGGCAGAGAAACUGGCUGAGAAAUUGAUGGCAGUGCUGUUUGAGGUGUGGCUACUGGCAUGCGCCCGCUGCUUUCCCACGCCACCAUAUUGGAAGACAGCAAGGGAGAUGCUGGCCAACUGGAGACACCACCCUCCUGUUGUAGAGCAGUGGAGCAGAGUGGCCUGUGCCCUGACCUCCAGGCUCUUGCGUUUUACCCACGGACCAUCCUUCCCACCUUUUAAAGUUCCUGAUGAAGAUGCCAGCCUGAUUCCUUUAGAGAUGGACAGUGACUGUGUGGCACAGACGUGGUACCGCUUUCUCCACAUGCUCAGCAACCCAGUAGACCUGAGCAACCCUGCGAUAGUGAGCACCACUCCAAAAUUUCAGGAACAGUUUCUUAACUCCAGCGGUAUCCCUCAUGAAGUGGUGCUGCAUCCAUGUUUGAAACAGCUACCCCAGAUCUUCUUCAGGGCCAUGAGGGGCAUCAGCUGCUUAGUGGACGCCUUCUUAGGUGUCUCUGUUGAAAAGAGAGAUGUACGGGAGAGGGUGUUCUCUUUUUCUCCAGCGCUGCUCUCUCAUGGUAUUUCACGUCCCAGAGCUGACAGUGCUCCACCCACACCAGUCAACAGAAUGAGCAUGUCUCCGCCCCCCUCCAUCACCAACACCACGCCCCCUCACAGCCGCAAGCAACGGCACACAGUGGUCACCAAAACCACAAGCAAGAGUUCAACUGGCAGUGGCAGUCAACCAACCAAAGCAUCCCAGCAGCAACAGCAGCAGCAGCAGCAAACUUCGUCCUCGCCGACCCUGCUUUCCAGCCCCAACCAGAGCAGCUGGGAGACUCGGCCUUUGCCGGCCCCAGCGCGGCCGAAGGUCAACAGCAUCCUCAAUCUGUUCGGCCAGUGGCUUUUCGACGCCGCACUGGUCCACUGUAAGCUCCACAGCGGCCUCAGCCGAGACCCCAGCAUGACUGCCUCUUUUAUCCAAAUUCUCCUUUCUUAUAAAUCUUCGAUAGCCACUCAAGUAGGUCUGGAGCUGAGAAGGAAGGGUUCCCAAAUGUCCACCGACUCCAUGGUGUCCAACCCCAUGUUUGACGCCAACGAGUUCCCAGAGAGCUAUGAGGCAGGACGUGCCGAGGCCUGCGGGACUCUCUGCCGCAUCUUCUGUAGCAAGAAAACUGGAGAAGAUAUUCUUCCUGUUUACCUGUCCAGGUUCUACAUGGUCCUGAUUCAGGGUCUCCAGAUCUCCGAUUUUAUCUGCAGACCAGUUCUGGCUUCUAUCAUUCUCAACUCUUCCUCUCUCUUCUGUACUGACCUGAAGGGCAUCAAUGUGGUGGUGCCCUACUUCAUAGCCGCCCUGGAGACUAUUGUACCAGACAGGGAGCUGUCCAAAUUCAAGAUCUAUGUAAAUCCCACCGACCUGAGGAGAGCCUCCAUCAACAUCCUGCUGGCCAUUCUGCCAUUGCCGCAUCAUUUUGGCAACAUCAAGUCAGAGGUUCUGUUGGAAGGAAAGUUCAACGAGGAGGAUGGAUGGCCUCAUGACCAGCCCGUGUCUUUCCUGUCCCUGAGGCUGCGUCUCGUCAAUGUCCUCAUAGGAGCUCUUCAGACUGAGACUGACCCGACCAACACACAGCUCAUCCUGGGUGCAAUGCUAAAUAUUGUUCAAGACUCAGCGCUGUUGGAGUCCAUAGGUGCACAGACUGAAACAGGGAGUAUAGACGGCAGCCACAUGACUGUGAGGAGUCAGAGUCACAGCCGCACCAACAGCGGCAUUAGUUACACCAGCGGGGGAAGCACGGAGGCCACCAGCCCCGACUCUGAGCGUCCUGUCCAGGCCCUGCUGCGAGACUACGCUCUUCCAGAUACGGCGGCAGGCCUCCUGGUGCGCAGCAUCCACCUGGUCACUCAGAGACUCAACUCCCAGUGGAGGCAAGACAUGAGCAUUUCACUGGCUGCCCUGGAGCUGCUGGCUGGGCUUGCCAAGGUAAAGGUAAAGGUGGGAGUGGACUCUGCAGACCGUAAACGUGCCGUCAGCUCUAUAUGUGGGUACAUUGUGUACCAGUGUAGCCGUCCAGCUCCUCUUCAGUCCAGAGACCUCCACUCCAUGAUUGUAGCUGCCUUCCAGUUUCUCUGUGUGUGGCUCACAGAGCACCCUGACAUGCUGGAUGAGAAGGAUUGUUUGGUAGAGGUGCUGGAGAUUGUGGAGCUGGGAAUCUCUGGCAGCAAGUCCCGACAGGAACAGGAAGUGCGACAUAAAGGGGAGAAGGAGCACAACCCAGCUUCAAUGAGGGUGAAGGACGCUGCUGAGGCCACUUUGUCCUGUAUCAUGCAGGUGCUGGGGGCCUUCCCUUCCCCGAGCGGACCUGCCUCCACCUGCAGCCUGCUGAACGAAGACACCCUGAUCCGCUAUGCCAGACUCAGUGCCACAGGAGCCAGCAACUUCCGCUACUUUGUCCUGGACAACUCGGUCAUCCUCGCCAUGCUGGAGCAACCUCUGGGCAACGAGCAGAACCCGAGUCCAUCAGUGACAAUUUUGAUCCGAGGGACGGCUGGCAGACACGCCUGGACCAUGCAGCUCUUCCACCAACCCAGAGGAGCUCGGGCCAAUCAGAGGCAGGUGUUUGUUCCCGAAGGCCGUCCAACGCCCAACAACGUUGUGGGUAUCAAGUACAACGUCAAGCAGAGGCCCUUCCCCGAAGAGGUGGAUAAGAUUCCACUUGUCAAAGCUGAUGUCAGUAUUCCUGACUUGGAUGACAUUGUCAGUAAAGAGGUGUGUUGUAUGGGCUGGCAGGAUGAUCGGAGAGCUACAAAUACAAUGAUGAGUAAUUACCCACACCUGGAAGUUCAGCAUGACAAGCUCCGUAUUCUGAUGACCAGGCAGAUCGACUAUGAGAACGCCUUGGAGCGGCACAGCGAGGAAAUGUGGAAAUCCAAGACUUACCCUGACCCACAGACCGACUGCAAACCCCCUCCACCCUCGCAGGAGUUCCAGACCGCACGCCUCUUCCUCUCCCACUUUGGCUUUCUGUCUCUGGAGGCGCUCAAGGAGCCCAACAACAGUCGUCUACCUCCUCAUCUGAUUGGCCUGGAGUCAUCCUUGCCAGGGUUUUUUGAUGACAUCAGCUACCUGGACCUGCUUCCCUGCCGACCAUUUGACACUGUCUUUAUUUUCUAUGUGAGGGCUGGACAGAAGAGCAGCCCUGAGAUCCUGAGGAAUGUGGAGUCAUCGUCCUGCGUCCAGCCCCACUUUUUGGAGUUCCUGCUGUCCCUGGGCUGGCCUGUGGACGUGGGACGCCACCCUGGGUGGACGGGACACCUAGACACCAGCUGGUCCCUCAACUCCUGCUCCGACAGCAAUGAUAUACAACAAACAGAGGACGCAGCUACUCCUGAGGACACAGGAGGCUCAGUGUUCAACGGGGAGAAGAAAGUUUUAUACUACGCUGAUGCUCUGACAGAGAUUGCCUUUGUUGUUCCAUCAUUAACAGAAAAUUCUGAGGAAUCAUCGGUGCACAGUGACUCCACAGUGGAGGCAGACACCAACGCAGACAUCAUGCCUGGUUCUCUCAAACAACCCAAUCUGACUCUGGAGCUGUUCCCCAACCAUUCUGAAAAUCUGGAGUCUGCCAAAAAGCUGAGUCCUUUGGUAAAGACAAAGAGGUCAUCGACUGGAAAGUCUUUCCCACCACUGGGUCCUGAGACGAAGGUGUUUGUGGUCUGGGUGGAGCGCUUCGAUGAUAUCGAGAACUUCCCGUUGUCUGAUCUCUUGGCGGAAACCAGCACGGGCUUGGAAGCUAGCAUGAGCAACAGCACUUCCUGCAGGUCAGGGUUACUAGAGAAGGACGUUCCUCUGAUCUUCAUCCAACCUCUGAAGACGGGACUCUUCAGAAUCCGGCUGCAUGGAGCUGUGGGGAAAUUUGGCAUGGUGAUUCCCCUGGUGGACGGCAUGGUGGUCAGCCGCAGAGCACUAGGGUUUCUUGUGCGCCAAACAGUCAUCAACGUGUGCCGACGGAAGCGUCUGGAAAGUGACUUGUACAACCCGCCUCACGUGAGGCGGAAGCAGAAAAUAACUGAGAUAGUCCAGCGUUACCGCAACAAGCAACUGGAGCCGGAGUUUUACACCUCGCUCUUCCACGAGGUGGGGGAGGGAAAGCUUCACCUCUAACCCCCCUGCCCUGUCCUAACACUGGCCUGCAAGCACACACACACACACACACACACUCUUGUCCUAUACUCAUACACCAUUUACAACUGUGCGUACACACACACACACACACACACACACACACACACACACAGAAUCUUUAUAUUUAUACUGUACUGUUUUGUUAUUUAUAUGAAUACAUAUAUCAACACUGUCUGCCUUUGACUCCGAGAGCAAAGUGUCAAAAACCAUGCCAAGGUGGAAAAAGCUGCAUUUCUAUGUCGCGGCGGCUCAUUGAAGAUUUGAAUGGCUGCAGUUCAACAGUGACAGUCUCUCUCUCUCUCCUCAUUUAGGUUCAUGCUUCGUUGCAAAAAGAGUUUCUGCUUGUCAUUAACUGCAAUAGUUACACUGUUGGCCUUUCUGAAAUUGUAAAAAGUUUGUCCUUUAAACCCUGUGAUAUACGAGUGAUGGUUUGGUAAUACAGAGCUGUGUCCAAAAUCCAGAUCUGCAUAUCUGUUUUUGUUUUAAUCAAACAGAUUUAUGGUUGGAUUUUUGCCAAGGAGACAACAAAAUGUUUUGUAACGUACAUCGCUGCUGCUUCGAGGCAAGUGGCUUCAAGAGAACAAACGAUUGACCGCAUUAACCCAUAAUCUACAACAAAUUCUCAUCUAACAUGCAGACGCCUGCUAAAGUCUUCCUCGUGCGAACACAUUCGGCCAUCGCAGCAGCUGACUGAGCACACCGAUUUUUUGCCGUUUGUAUAUUUUUUAUUUUCCAGAUGAUUUCUAGAACUCCUACGUUGUAUUACUGUAUGUGGGUGUCAUUUUUGACACCUGCGCCGUCUCUGUGCCAGUCUGAAAGUCGUCCCAUCUCACAACAGCCACUGCACUGUGUGUGUGUGUGUGUCCACAUGUAUGUUUGUUCAGCCAGUCAAAUCAUUUACACUACAAGGAGUCAUAGUGACACCUAAAAAGCCCAUACAUGGCAUUUAAAGAUUAAUUUCCUGAGUCAAAACAUAACGCUAGAACUGGUUUACUCCUAAUGCUGGGUAACGUGAGUUUAUUGAUAAAGAGAGUGGUUACAGAGCUCCUGGAGUUUGCACUUGAUAUUUGCUGGGCUAAUAUGAAAUGACCAUAAAGACAUUUUAGGUUUGAAGUCUGCCAAUACCAAACAGAACUAUAGCACAGUUGAAGUGUCUUGCUCCUUCAAACAAAUUUAUGAUGAUGUAUUCAAAGGCCAAAACACUCAAUGUAACUUACAGCAUUAUAUAAAGCUCUGACUGAUCAAAGCUGUCAUUUUUUUUUAUUCUAAACCCCAAAAAGAGAAUAUUUAACUUGUCAAAUAUUCAAUUUGGAUAACUAAAAUGUGCAGUUUUGCCUUCAUACACACAUUUUAGUAACUUUUUUUUGCUUCUCACGAUUUGUUUCACUUUUGUUUACUCACUGUACUCUGGUUUUGAUUCAAGCCCUCUCACUGUCUGCCUGUAACAAUGUGAAUUUAUUUAGCACAGCGAUGGAACAGGGCAAAACACCUCUAGUUUCUUUGUUAUAUUGGAAAGUCUUAAUGCACUGAGCACAUUUUACGUUUAUUUUCUAUUCCCUUUGGUUACCUUCCAUGUCUUUUUGUACUUUUGUGCAUUUUUGAAAGAAAACCCUGCUGAAGGAAGAGUUUUAUCUUGUGAAGAGAAUGAAGGAGAGGCGUCGUGGCGUUUUUAACCUAUCAUGUCUAAUUGUGUGACUCACUUUUUAUGACGGUGCUUUAUGCACAUGCCUUUUUUUGGAAGGAAAAAAAAGUACAUUAAAUAUGCUUCAAAGAAACUACAUACAAUCAGUCAUACAUUGUAUCCUAUGUUACUCCUCCUGACGUUUGAUCAUAUUUAAAGAUUUGCCAUGUACAGAAGCGGAGGAUGAUAUGUAAAUAUAUGAUAGUGUAAGGCAUUUACAAGUUGUCUGUUGCAUUCCUCAUCUGAGAUGGCGAGCAAAGUUCUGUAUGUAUGCAAUUAUGUGUGGGAGCAUCACAAUGGGUAUUGAAUGUAACAUGCAUCAAUUAAAACUAUUAUUGACAUUUUAAUUUUUCCCAUUUACUAAUACUUUGCUUUUUGUUUUCAGGAUGUCUAUGAGGAAUAAAAUGAAGUUGCACUUU